UGGUCUGUGUUUUGCUGAGCAGACGAUGGAGAGAAAUCAUGGUCAUACUGUUGUUAUGACUCUGGGAGGAUGUUGUUGACUUCUGUGUAGACUCACAGUGAUGGAACAUCCUGUCAGUGACUCCAGCGUCUGUGUGUGUGUGUUUGAACGAGGCUGCUGCGUUCGCGUCCCGUCGUUACUUUGAGAUGUGGACUAUGGAAUAACAAUAAUAACGGAGCACAGCUGAUGUGAACACACGGUGUCCGUGUUGUGUGUGUCACUGUCGGAGGGCUCAUGAACACGGGAGAUGACAUUCGAGUUAGAUAGUUGCACAGAGAUGGGAAACGACACCGCGCUGCUCCAAAUUCAUCCGCCCGAGUGCAGGAGGAGGAGGAGGGAAGAACCUCGGGCUGAACAUCCUCCGAGCGAAGUCGGUGUUUAGUGAAGACGCACCGUUUUACUUACCCCCCCAAAACAACAUCAACAAAAAUCGGUGGUAACUGGUGGUGCAGCUGAUUUAAUUCAUAAAUUCCCCGAAGAAAUGUCCUUCACUAUGGAGGAUAAUGUUGAGUCGGGGUGGGUGGCUGUUCGUCCGAACGCGUUCGAGGAGAAGGAGAAGCAUAAAUUUGUGUUUAUUGUGGCGUGGAAUGAGGUGGAGGGCAAAUUUGCCAUUACGUGUCACGACAGGACGGUGCAGCGGAGAAGCUUCGGCAGGGAGAGUCUGGCGGAGGCGACCGGACAAGAUGGGGACCAAACAAAAUGGCCCGAAUUAAGUCCUGCGAGGGACAAAGUGUCGAGGAGCCCCAGCAGAACUGGCAGAACCAAGUCCCACAAAGAGACAAAAUCAAGUCUGGUCAAGAUUCAAACAGUGCUGAGACCCGCAGCGUCCCCCGUCAGUCAUGUAACAGAGGAGCCGCUGUCCCCCUCACUAGACAGCCUGGACCUGGAGGAGCUGGACAGUCUGAGCCGGGAGGACUGCAGCUGGGCCGGACUCUUCUCCUUCCAGGACCUCCGCGCCGUCCACCUGCAGCUGUGCUCGGUCAACUCGGACAUCGAGCCCUGUCUGCCGGUGUUUCCGGAGGAACCGGCGGGGAUGUGGACGGUGCUGUUCGGCUCCGCCGAGGUGCCCGAGACGGAGAUGGACGAGCUGUGCCACAGGCUGCAGGUGUACCUGGGCUACGCGCUCGACACGUGUGGAUGGAAGAUCCUGUCGCAGGUGCUGUUCACGGAAAACGACGACCCGGACGAGUACUACGAGAGCCUGAGCGAGCUGCGGCAGUCCGGGUACGAGGAGUCGCUCAACCGGGCAACGAGGCAUCUGCAGGAGCUGCUGGAGAAGCACAAGGCCAUGGACAGCAUGGUGGAGCUGCUGAAGCUGUAUGACGAAGAAGACCAGGCCUAUGGAGGUUUGCUGGAGGCCUCCACACAGCUGUACCAGUACCUGCUGCAGCCUUUCAGAGACAUGAGGGAACUAGCAAUGCUCCGCAGACAGCAGAUCAAGAUCUCCAUGCAGAACGACUACCUGGGCCCGAGGAGGAUCGAGGCUCUGAAUAAGGAAGACUCAGACUGGCAGAAGAAAGCUCAGGAGGCGGUCCUCAACAUCCAAGAGUUCACCGUCAAAUACUUUGAGAUCACGGCCAGAGCCCAGAAAGGCGUGUACGAGCGCAUGAAGGUGGACCAGCGUAAGUUUGGUAAAUCCUCGUGGACGGCGGCGGUGGAGCGCAUGGAGAGGCUGCGCUACACCGUCGCCAAGGAAACUCUGCAGCUCCAGAGAGCCAGGGAGAUUUGCCUGGAGCAGAGGAAACACACACUCCGAGAUGAGAUGCAGAGUCUGUGUAGCAGUGAAGAUGCCAUCGCCCUCUUAGACUACAUGGAGACUCAGUACUAUGAACUCCAGCUGCAACUGUACGACAUCCAGGCAGAUAUACUACAGUGCGAAGAGCUGCUGCUCACUGCUCAACUGGACAGCAUCCGCAGGCAAAUGACAGCCAGCAGGAUCGUGUCACGAUCACUGAAAACAGAGCACCAGGAUGAAGUGGUGUACUAUGACACCUUUGAAAGUGCAGAUGAUAUUACAGAGGAUGACUCUGCUGAGAGGGAAGAGCUGCGCAGACUUCAGGUCAGCGCUCGACAGCUGGAGGCCAGAAGGGGGCGCAUCACCGCCAAACGCUCCUACCUGAGGAAGAAGAAGGAGAUCUGUGUGUCCAACCACUUUCAGAAACAGCAGACGCAUCAAUCCAUCCACAAAGAUUGUCAACAGCUCCUACAGCUGAAAAAUGUAGAAGAGGAAGAUGAGGAGAGGAGGAGCAGUCGAGUAAGUCAGGAGAGACAAAAGACUCUGGACAGAUUGCGCACGUUCAAACAGCGGUAUCCAGGUCAGGUGAUUCUGAAGUCCACUCGACUACGUGUGGCCCACGCCAAGAGAAGAGAGCGAGGACGGAGCAUGGAAACCAGCGAGAGGGAGGAGUAUGUGCAGACCAAGGGACAUCCGCUGUGUCUCAGCACCAGCGUGCAGACGGAACCCAGCUCCACACUCACCACUCAACCCGUCAGGUCCCUGAAAGUAUGCCUCCCUCCGCUGCCUGUGUCCAGUCCUGCAGACUCCUCCUGCUCUCCCUGCUCCCUCUCGUCGCUGCUGGCGUCCCCCAUCUCUCCUCCACCUCCACCGCCGCCUCCACCUCCCCUACCGGUCAGGGAGGAUCUUUCACCUUCCGGGAGCCCGGGCUGGCACGGGCAGAAGUCUGAGGGGAAGAGUGCAGAAGAAGAACGGUCCUUGUCUCCACUCGGCCCUUUCAUCCCUCGCUUCUUUGAUAGCAGCCAACUGCUGAGCGCCCGCAAGAAGCUGAGGAAAACUCCAGAGUUUGACACGCACAGACGAGUCAGCUCACCUAUGGACGAGGUGCUGGCCUCCCUGAAGAGAGGAAGCUUCCACCUGAAGAAGGUGGACCAGCGGUCUCUGCCUCCCGCUCAGGGCGACGACGAUGCAAACAGCAUCCUGGCUCAGAUUCGCAAGGGCGUCAAGCUGAGGCGCGUUCCCCAUAUAGAGAGGAAAGACCAGGGAGAGCUCCCGGCCUCCACUGACCCUCUGACCAGGAGCAUUCACGCGGCACUGCGCCGCAUCAAGGAGGCCUCGCCGGACUCUGACUCUGAUGACGAGGGGCUCGCCGGCCCUGAAUGGGACAGUUAGAGCUCAAGGAUCACACACUAACACACACACACACACACACAAAUGCCUGCCCCCUCUGGCACUGCAUGCACUGCAACAUAGCGAGCUGCUCUGUACUGUAAACACACACACACACACAUACUGUUCCUCACUCAUUCAUAUACACACAGCUCCACGUGCCAGGGUCUGAGUCAUACUGAAGAUCAACAACUCACCAAAGGAUCUGAAAGGUCUGUGGUCAUCGUGUUUGUUUCAGCACAGUGAAGGACACGAGUUUGUGUUUUCAUUCUACUAUAAUGUCACUGUGGUUUUGUUCCUGUAAUCAUGUACUGUAAUGAUGCCAUUUAACUUUCUUUGUCAUUUGUACUGUUGAAAUCCACACUGGCCCUCAUCUGUGGCCACAACAAUACUCUGAAACAGCACAUGACGUGGUUUUACACCAUGAACACACUGUACUGUACUGAAGGUCAUCUGUGAAACCAAACCUCAUAUAGAAAGUAGUGCUUAUACAUGUGAAAUCACACAAGGCCAAGGAUGAUAGGAGGGAGAAUCCAGAAGAGGGCAGUAAUGCAACAUCAUGGACGCUGACACAAACACUGUCAAGCCACCAGUCUUUUCCCACUGAGACUGUAAAUAUGUGAGGGAGACAGGAAGCACUGAGAGAGCACAAAUAUCCAUCAAAGCCACUUUGUUUCCAACAGUGUUAAUGCAGAAGAUCCUGAAUCCAAAUCCUAAACCCAGCUCACCUUGGGCUAUAACCAUAUACUGUAUAUAAAAAUGAUCAAGUCUUCAGAAUUUGUGAACCGGCGUCAAAUCACGUUCAAAGCCAUACCGAUUUUCCUCUAAUUGGGAACAUUCAUUCAUUCAUUCGUUAUUCAUUCAAUCACUCUCACAUUCACACCUACGGACAAUUUUAGAGUGUCCAAUUAACUUCUGCAUGUUUUUGGACUGUGGGAGGAACGGACCUUGUUCGGUCAUGAACCUGGGUCUUUUUGCUGCAAGGCAACUCUGUCUGCCACUACUCUGCCGUGUGGACCCUAAAUGGGAACAUAAUCUACAAAGUAUCACAUUCUAUGAAAGAAACAAGUGAUUGUUUCCAUUAAGUGAGGAAAUAUUGUCGGUUAGUUUUCCUGUAGACCACAUCUGUUUUUAUAUACAGUCUAUGGCUGUGGCACACCAACAUAUUUAAUCCAAAUCUGUCCUUUACUUUUUAGUUAUGCUGCUCACAGUCAGACAAAGAUAACCUCCUUGUUAGAGGUAUGGAUUAGACAUAAAUGUGAAGUGGGAUUAUUGGAUUUACUGUCCAGAUUAUAAACCAUAGCACUAUCAACCAUCACUUUCUACUUUUGCACAGUUUUGGUUCAGUCCUGUCACAAAUGGGUGUGGUUUAGCGCUGCAACUAAGGAUUAUUUUCAUAAUUGAGUAAUCUGUCGGUCAUUUUCCCGAUUAAUCGAGUAAUUGUUUGGUCCAUAAAAUGUUGAAGAAUGUUGAUUGUUUUUCAAACCUGGAAACGAUUCAGUUUGAAUGAUUUCUUUGUAAACUGAAAAAUCAGAAAACUUGAUUUAAUCGUUGAAAAGCCCUCGUGUGGUUGCGUCUAAAAGCUCUGCUCGUCCAAUCUGACACUGCUGCAGAUACCUACAAUCCUUCAGUCUGUCACAGCAGAUUCGUGCCACUCGCCCACUCCUCACCACCUCCGACCUUCUCCAAGUGAGUGAGGAGGAACGAACCAUCUGCUGGACUGAGGCAUGUGGCCAGACUGGCAGAGAUGUGCACAGUCACUUCAUGUUCCUCUUGUGGUGCCACGUCUAACAACAACAUCUCUGGCCCUGAAGCUGGUCACCUACAGCGGGGGGGAAUAUGGGAGGAAAAGGUCACCGAAGAUGACGAGAGUUAGUGUCAGUUGUCUUUUGUAAAGUGUGGGCAGACUUGGUUGGUGAUUCCCCCCCCCUC